UUCCUGGACCCCGGCGCGCUGCCGCAGGGCGACAAUGCCAGCAUCGGCAGCGACCGCGCCGCCGACAUGACGGGCAGCCCGAGCGGCGACGAGGCCACCUCCUCGGACGGCGGCGAGUCCCCGAGGCUGAACCCUCACGCCUUGUCCCGCGGCCACCAGGACGAGAUGGGGGAGACGCUGUCGUUCCGGUCGGGGUCGCUGCUGAGCGACACCGACCUGGACGAGAACUCGCGGGGCCACUACGACUGGUAUGGGGGCCUCGGCUACAGCGGCGCCGCUGGCGACGGGCGGCGGCGGCGGAACGAGGUCGGCAUCCCGACCGCCGCGACGCUGGCGAUGCUGCAGAUUGGCCGAGAGCCGGACCCACCUGCCAGCGAGCGGCGGCGCAACGCGCAGACGGCGUGGAGGCAGAUGACUGAGGCGAACGUGAAGCACUUCGCCCACUCGGUGCGUGAGCGCUGCGCGCAGGUUGGCCGCGGGCUCGAGGACCCAAUGCAUGUGCUCAUGAUCUGCGAGCUGGCGCAGAAGGUGGUGGAGCACAUGCACCCCUCCAAGGGGGACCACAUGGACAUCAUGAGCUACGUGAAGGUCAAGCGCAUCCCCGGCGGAAGCUUCGACAAGUCGGACUUUGUGGACGGGGUGGUCUUCACGGGGGACCUCGCGCACCGCAAGAUGGCGAGGAACAUCGAGAGGUGCAACCUGGCGCUCUUGCGGGAACCGAUCAGCUUCGACCCAGAAAACCGCCCCACGAGUCUGGACCAGCUGAUCAGGGGGGAGGCGAAGUUCAUAGACAUCAAGGUGGAGAAGAUCGAGAACGCCCUUCAGCCCAGGCCGCAGCUCCUCUUGUGCCAGUGCGGCGUGUCGCAGAUAGCCCAGGAGAAGCUCCGGGCCAAGAACAUCUCGCUUGUGCUCGGCGUCAAGCCCCGCAUCCUGGAAGCCAUCGCGCGCUGCACAGGCUCGCGCGUGAUCCAAUCCGUGGACAUGAUCACCGAGUCCAGCAAAAACACCGCGGGGUCGGUCGGGACCGCGGGGCGGUUCCGGGUCUGCAGCAGCGGGGAAGCGGGCAUGGAGGGCGCCAAGAGCUUGGUGAGGAUCGAGGGCUCUUGCCCUGGCAAGUUUAGCACCGUCUGCCUGAGGGGGUUCGGGUCCAAGCCCGUCGACGAGGCGAUGCAGCUGCUGGCGCGCUCGAAGCGGAUACUGCAGUGGGCGAUCCGCCUAGCGCGCCACAUGCAGCUGGAGAGCGAGCUGCUGUUCGAGAUGUGCUGCGAACCAUGGACGGACAGGGCGACCCCUGCGCUGGCGCCCGCGAGCGACCCCGACGAGGGGUCGCAGGCGGAGCACCUGGACCUCACCGUCUACACCGUCUCGGAGAAGGACGGCUGGAGCUGCAAGCCCCCGGUGUCCCUCCGGAUCUCCGCGUACGAGGC